AUGAUUUUGUUUACUCCCCCCCCCCCCCCGUGAGCGAACAAAACCAUUAGAAAAAUCGCCAUUUUUUGACCAAAAACCCCACCCUCCGUGAGUGAACAAAAAUUUUUUUAAUAGAAAAAAUUUUAAUGGAAAAAAAUUUUGAUAUAUAAGUGAUAAUUAGUAUAAUGAAAUCUAGAGCUAAUUCUGUUUAAUUUUAAACAAAUUGCGUUUUAAAACAUAAAUUUGCAAAUUAAAUUAAUAUUUGCUUCCCAAUUUUUGCAAAUUAGGAUUUUUUUAAAUUUCGAAAAAAAUAUUUUUUAUAAAAUUUAUAUAUAAAUUUUUUUUAAAAAAAAAAAAUAACCCCCCUCCGUGAGCGAACAAAAUUUUUUUGUUCGCUCACGGAGGGGGGGGGGGGAGUUAGUGCUUUUAGAUGAAGUUUUUGUGCUAAAAUAUCUGCUUUAUUUUCAUAUUGGAUAAUUGGGAUUACAGGGACUUUAGAUAAAGCAGCAAAAAUUACUUGAGUAUCUGGGGCAGAUUUGGUUUUGGUGGUGACUGUUGUCGUGACUUCUUCGACUUCUUCAAACUCUACUGGCUCUUUUGUCCAUCUCUCAAAAGCUUUGUAG